AUGGCGGAAGAGGCCGCGUUGCCGUGGCAGUGCACUCGAUGCUCGCUCUUGAAUACCCCAUCCUCGACCAGGUGCAACGCCUGCGAUUUUCCUCGCGAGAUGAGUGCUGCGCCAGCGAUGCCGCCUGCGUUGCGGCUGGAACCGAAGCCUGAGGCAUCGGCUCCCAUCAUGAAGCCAUCAGCCGCCGCAGGCCUCAGUGCUUCCGAGCGAAAGGCCCGGGAGGAAGAGAUGGCCGCCAAACGUCAAAAGAAGGAAGCAGAGAGACAACGGAUCCUGGCUCAGGCUGAAGCCGAUCGCCGUGCCCGAAUGGAACCUGCGGUGCCCGUGCUCGCCGUGCCGCCCGCGCCGUCCGCUUCAUCAGUGGUUGCGGCCAACAGCAGCGUAAGGUUGCAACUCCGCUGUCCCCAGUGGAGCCGCAACGUGAUCUUCACCGCUUUCCAGUCCAACAACACCUUGGGUGAUGUCCGCAGGGCUCUCCGGGAGGAUUUGGUUCGUGGCGUCGCUGGUACCGGUGAUGGUCGAAUGCAGGACACUGCACUAGCGGAAGCUCAAGUACCACAGGAAGAGGCCAUCGUGCUGGCUGAACAGGUGCCGCCGCGCAGGAAGUUCCUCACAGCCGAGGACAUGCAGAUGACCUUGCAGGCAGCCGGACUGUGUCCUUCAGGCACGCUGCUGGUGGAUGCUGCACCCAUCAAGGCGUCUGUCGACGCCUGUGACAAUCGUCUGACAAUGCUGCCUACGCUUCAGAUCGACCAUCAGCCCAUCAGCCAUGGUGCUUGCAUUGGUGGCAUCGCUCUGCAUCCAGAGCAGCAUUGCAGCGAUGAGAGUGACAGCAAUGAGGUCCUCCGGAACAUGGAGCGCAGACUGGAUGAGGCAUACAGCAGGCGCAACGACCAUGAGAAGCCACCUGCCAUCGCCAUGAAGGAGGUCCACCCCAACAUCGAGGCAGCCAUUCAGGCUGGGGUCUUCAUGCCGGUGCAGCCCAGUCAGAAUGAGUGGAAUGAGCUCUACAGCUGUCAGCAUGGCCUGGGCAUGAGGGCAUGGCUCGAGGGCAUCAUCAACGAGAUCAAUGAGAUGGAGGCGCAUGAGGACUAUAGCGCUGCCUUCAAUGAGGGGAAGGGCAUCAUGAGUAGCCGUCAUGACAUGAUUAUGGCCAUCAGUACCGCCAUUAAGGAUGGCAUGCAGGAGGCAGAUUAA